AUGGCACACUUCUUUGCAAUGGAGGCACGAAAAGAGGAGGUGGCGAAGCACUACUUCGAGCUGACGCAGGCAGCCAGCGACGCUUUGCCUUCCGAGGUCAAGGCGGUUACCAAGAUCCAGUCCUACCACCGGGCGACGCAGAUCCGCGUCGUGUAUCACGAGGUUGUCGCGGCCGCGCAGCUGAUCCAGCGCAUGGUGCGAGGCUGCCUGGGCCGGCGCAGGGCGCAGGCGGUGAACCUCCAGCGCAACAACUGGCUGAGGCAGCACUUCUUCCACCACUGCGCGCGCACCAUCCAGAAGCGGUUCAGAGGCUACAGGAGCCGCAGCUGCAUCCACGACUUCUACGGCCGGAAGUUGUACCUCGAGAAGGUGGAGAAGCGUGGGGAAUGGACCAAGGACUACUUGGCAGCAGAACACAAGGAGAAGUUGGCGGCCGCGAAGGUCUCGGAGGAGCUGAAGGUCAGGGAAGAGUUCCAGCACUUGGCGGGCGACUUGCACCACCUCAUGAGCACCAGGACCAUCCCAGGCGUUUACAAUCCGCCCUACAGCGACCUUUUGCCUCGCGCCUUUGAGAAGCCCAUCGAGGAACAUCUCCGGGAGGCCUGUGUCGCCAAGAUGCCAGCAUCCCUGAAGAGGACGCGGCACCGCUCCGCCAGAGCUCAGGGCAGCGCCCGCUUCGGCGCCUCACAGGCGGAGGCGAGCUUCUUGGAGGAGGUGCGGCCGCCCCAGGAGAUCGCCGAGAAGGCGCCCUGCUUCUCGCGGGCGGCCUCUUCCGGUCGGCUUCGGAAGAUUCAGGGACCAUUUCGGUCCAGAGAGCAAAUCGAAGUGGCCAACGUUAAGGCAGCCCAGUUGUACGGAACCAUUCAGGCGACUGGGCCCUAUGAUGCUUUGGAGCACGACCAGCGGAUGCAGGCGAGGAUCUCCAAGCUGGUGCGCAGCUCCAACUUGGACUUCCGAGCUGCGGGCAACAAGGAAAAGGCGACGCCCUCCAGCGUUCACGUGGGCAUGCCCUUCAACGACCGCCCGGUAGAGCUCCGCGGGGACUACGUGGAGCUUCCCAAGAUCAGGGACAAGCCUCCGUUCUUUACAGCGCAUGGUGGCGGCAAGCAGUUCGGGGAGUACCACGAGCAACCAUUGCUCGCGCACGGCCACGUCUGA